AUGAGCGAUGAUGAAGCUCAAGGUCCAACUUCACCAUCAAAUCGAUAUCAUUAUUCGUAUAAGAGGAAGUAAGUUCAAAUGUCUAUAAUCUAAAAUUUGCAAGCAAAAAUCAAUUUUGAAUCGUAAAAAACGCGCUCACUCAAUCAAGCCCCGCCCAUUCCGCACACAAACAAUAGCGGCACGCACAACCCGUGAACCGUCGCACAUACCAGAAAUUUAUAUAUUCGUGUGGUUUGUGUGUUGUAUCGCUUUUGGGCGGUAGCGGAGCUAUUGCCAAAUGUUUUUUGAAUGGGAAAUAUUAUGAUAAAUUUGAAACGUAUGAUUUUCGGGGAAUUUUUUAAUGGAAAAAAUUUCAACAUAUUUGCAGGAAUCUGGCAGCUCUACCAAAUCCAGGAAACCACAAUGAAACAUCAAAACUUCGAGAAGAACCAAUGAUGAUGCCAAUUCCAGAAACAAUUGUUAAUGAAGCGGAAAUGAUGCGACUGAAAAGAGACACAAAACACUUAGCGUUUCCAAUUGUUUUGGAAAUUUUUCACGAUCGUGGAUGCAAUGUUGAUGAUACCAUAAAUUAUUGCAAAAAUCUAGUUGUUCCAAAUCUGGUCUGUAAAGUUAGUGAGCAAUUAAUUGCUGCAAGUUCGUGCGGAUUAAAGCGGCAGACAACGAGCACAGUUAUCAGCAAAAACCCACAAUACCAUCGAUUUUUUCUGCGAAAAUAUGUGAGUCACUUAGUUGAUUGUGACAGGAAAAUGUUCAAUUAAAAUUGUUUGUUUCAGUUCAAAGAAGAGAGCAAACAUCUGGUGGCGUUCUAUCAGAAUAACAAGAAAAAAUUGCCGGUUUUGAGUAGAUCUCGGCAUUCGAGACAGGCCGAUGCGAAGCAAGCAGAAUAUUUGAGGAAUUUGAAUCGGCAAUAUGUGUUGGAAUGGAAAAGAAGGGGAAAAGAUCGAGGAGGGAAGAAAGAAGAUCGGGGACAACUUCCAACAAAGGAAAUGGUGAUUGCGAGAAACAAUCGAGCGAAGAGUUGCAGAAAAUCACCUUCGCCGCCAAUUCCAGUAUCUCCAGUUCGAGUAACUGCACCAGCUGAAUCAGUCAGCCGAGAUGUGACUCCUGAAUCAACAAGAUGCAAUUCAGUGAAUGUUGUAGAAUCUACUUCUACAAGAAUCGCAAAAACAUCUGAAAAUGUUGAUGAUUUUGAAGUUUUUAUCGAAAAAUCAAUAGAAGAUCUGCCAUCUACUUCUACAUCAGCCAGAUUAACCACACCAAGUGUCAACCCCGAACAAAACCUCUCAACAACAAGCCAAAAUUCAGUGGAGUCAUCUGAAAUAGCAAAAAAUGUUGAUUAUUUUGAUGUUGUUAUUGAAAAAUCAAUGGAAUCUACUUCUACAAGAAUUGUAAGAUCAAGAAAUCCAGAUGAUUUUAUCAAUCCAGAACUUAACAUCUCAACGACAAGCCAAAAUUCAGUGGAAUCAUCUGAAAUAGCAAAAAAUGUUGAUGAUUUUGAAGUUGUUCUGGAAAAAUCAAUAGAAGAUCUGCCAUCGACUUCUACAUCCACAAACGCAGCAAAUGAAUCAACCAGAAGACAUACAAGAUCAAACAAAGCUGAUGAGUUGUUUACAACCGGUGUUGAUAUGUGAGUUUUGCUCAUAUGAGCUCAUCAUCAAAUUUUGUGAGCCUUGGAAGAGAAUAUGGCCUAGAAAACCAAACGUUUUCUCUUCCACGGCCAUAUUUUUUUUCGGAUUUACUUUGCAAUCUCCAAUUUUGUUCAGAACGAAAAGGAAGAAGCGAGAUUAUGAUCGGACACAUGCUGGAAGGUUUUGGAAGAAGGGAGCGUAAGUAUUAUCUGCCAAAUUUUUUUAAAACCUUUAUAUUAAAAAAAAUAUUUUCAGCCCUCCGCCUUCUCCCCCUCUUCCGAAGCCGAAAAUAACACCAGAAGAACCGGAGGAAAAUGAAGCUGAAAGACCAAAAGAUCGGAAGAAAAAGAAGCGGAAGGCUAGAAAACGUAUUUUCGGAACGCAUAAAUAUCGAUAUGAAAAACGACAAGCGUUUUUGGAAAAGAAAGGGUUGAAAAAGUGAGUUUUCUUUGGGAGAAGGGUUUUUUCAAUGGAGAUGUCGCAAUUUCGAACAUUUGCGGAUUUUUUCCGAAAAUCAUACGUCCAAAAGGAUCUGAUCCUGGACCUUUUGAACAAGAAACACGUGAUUUACCCACUUGACCAUUUCUGACACAUGAAAUGACUAUCGUUUUGCUUCAUCCGAAAAAUAAAAAAAAACUUCACAAUUUUUCGGAAAAUUUUUUUAUUGAUGUACUUUUACAAUAGUAAUUGAUUUUUAAUUUUGAGAAAUUGAUCGAUGACGUCAUGAAAUUAGGAACCAUUCCUGAUUUUUUCAAAAAUUCUAAGCCCCUAGUCAUUCAUUAGAAAUACGUGGAUAUGAGAUUUCAUUUUUUAGAGCUGGAAAUCUACCGGUGCCAGUAGAAGUAGAAUCAUCGCCACCACAAGUUCCAACACCAGAAACAUCAAGUCUGUGA